AUGUCGCUGUUCACGGCGCAGCUGCAUCCAGGCCGAGCGCUUGGGUUCCUAGCCCUAGGAGCCUCUCUCCACGACGUCCUGACGCGCCUUAAGGCGGAACCGCAGCGAUUUCCAAAGCUCGAGGUGCUGUACUCGCCCGAAAAGCCCGUCACCGAGCCCGUGUGCAUCGUGCUGCCAAACAAUGGCGUGCGCCUGCGCUUCGACGGGCCCGAGCAGCGACUGCGACUUAUUGAAGUAACCGACUUUACAAAGAACCACAUCACCUUCAAGGAGCGCGACCUGCUCAAGCCCGUGGCCAACGGCGCCUCGGCCCCCGGGUCCCCCGUGCCGGGCGACUCCUCGCUCGGCCCUACCUUUCGUCACAUCUACCACCGACUGUUGGGCCCGACUUAUGCUGGCGAGUUCAUCCCCUCGCCGAGCGGGCAGGAGGAUGGCAUCUACGUGCUGUCGUACCCCGGCGUCGCCUUUAACUUUUCCCUCGCCGAAGCCAACUAUUCUCCGGACAAGGACGUGGUGUCGCUGCUGUCGGCAUCGUCGAGCCAGGUGGCGACGUCGAUGGCCGUCUUCAACGGCGACUCGUGGGCCGAGGCUCGGCCGUCACUGUGGACUCUUGUAUUGCCGAUCGUCAAGUUGGCGUCGACGACUGCGCGUGCCAAGGACAUGUAUCCCGACGAAGUGUCUCUGGUGCGACUCUACGGGGGCGGCAAGGUUGACAUGUUUCGGAAAUGGACAGGCAACGCGUUUCGGCUUCAGCUGGGCGAGACGACGCCGCAAGAGCUGGUGACGGAGCUGGGGCCGCCGAGUGCCAUCUACCGGAAAAACGACCAGAAGAUGGUCAUCCACAAGAUGCGGACGGCGAGCAACGCGCGCAGUCGGUCCAACGCGGCGGACCUUGGACGGCCCGACGAGUUGACGGACACGGACCAAUCUUCGAUGAACACAGGCUCGGACGACUCGGAGGACAACGAGGUGAUUGACGAGGAGAUGGCGAGCAACCCUUCGGGUGAGUGCUUCUACAACUACUUUUAUCUGGGGUUUGACAUCCUCUUGUCAACGCCCACGGCUCCCUCGAACCGGCUGGUGGCGACGAAGCUGGUGCUGCACGGCAACAUCCCCGGGUGCUACGAGUUCAACCGCCACCGCCGAUGCCGGUGGGAAAUCGACUACGUCAACGAGGGCGACGAGGAGCCAGUGGGGUCCGAGACGGAGUUUCGGCACAUCGAGUCGUGCAUGAACGCGCGGUGGCAAGGGGCGGUGCCGGCGACGACGAGCAAGGCGGCACAUCAGCCGCGGCAGAGGGGUAUGGUCCUGAACCGCGGCUGGGGCGACAGUCCGGGCAGCAGCUGCGAGUUCCUGGGCGGGUGGGAGGAGAGCGGCGCGCGGCGGGCCGAGGCGAGCAGCGGGGGGGAGUCGACGACGACGUUGUACGGGUUCCCGGGACUGGUGUUUGAGGUGCUCAAGAAUGACUAUGUGAAUACGGUGACUGUGUUUUGA